GCUCAGUCUCCGCUUAGAGGCUACUUCAGUCCCCCAACAUAAGCACAUUCACAGACAUCUCUGCAAGCGUAGAGCCGUUUCACCCGUCACGACAGAGCAGUCUGCCUCUGAGCCGCGGAGCCGCAGACAGAGAGAAACAGAGGGACACAAAAAGAGGUAGUGAGGAGAAGGGUGGGAGGGAGAGCACGGAAAAGAAGAGGUGAAGAGCCACAGAGGCAAAACACAUACAUCGCUGCCACUCUGAUGUCUCCCCUCAUGCUACUGUUCCAGUGUGUGUGAGCUCGAGAAGAGGAAAGAGGGAAGGGAGGAAAAUAAAUCCUGGGAGUUCAAGUCCUCUGUUUGGUUUAUACUCCCCCCCCCACCUCUCUCUAUUAUCUCCAUCAUCCAAUGCAUGAAGGCGGGUUUCUGCUGGCAUGGCAGAGUAAACGAAAGGGAUGCUUUGAAUGCUGCCUCUCUUUCUACAAGGGACGAGGAAGAGGAAGGGGGGACAACACACAGCAGAGACAAAAACAGGAUUUCUAGAAUGAAUCGGAGUCCUUCUGUCGCAUGCGCUGGGAAUAGCAGUCGCACACUGAAGUCUCUGAAUGAGAGGCUGGCCCUGAGGACGUGAAACUGCCGGGAGAGUUUGGAUGUGACCCGUGACAGCAUCCGCUGUAUUUGACCACCUUGAGCUGCACACAUCUCUGCUCCCCCAAACGGCACCAAUUAGGGGUAGCUUCGAAACAAAGACUUGUGAGAGAAUCCAACGGCACAGGAGGAAGGGAAUACGCUGGAGGAGGGGCCUGUGUUUGCUGGGCCCAGCUCUGUUUGUCUGGACUCUGUGUGGCCUGUCUGCGUGAGACUAGGCAGAGGAAGAGAAACAGAAAAUGGUGAUGUGUCAUGGAGAAUGUCAUUGCUAGGUAGCCCAUUCAGAAUGCAGUGUGGCCUUCCCAGCUGCGCAUCCCCAGUGGUGCCAUGAUCCAGUUCUAACUGUGGGUAAUGCAGAGCCAAACAACCAACCCUGGAGAUGCCGAAGAGAAGAGAUAUUCUUGCCAUCGUGUUGAUUGUGUUACCUUGGACACUGCUCAUCACUGUUUGGCACCAAAGCGCUAUAGCUCCACUUCUCGCCAUCCGCAAAGCCUGUCACCACCUAGUAAAAGAGAUCUUUAUCAUUCCAGAGAGGCUUGCAGUCCACCACCACCGACUCUCAGAUGAAGGUGCCGAGGGCAAGAGGGAGGCGGGUGGCCAGGCGCAGGACUCCAAAGAAUACUGUGCCUCGGAUAAGGACAUUGUAGAAGUGGUGAGGACAGAAUAUGUAUAUACACGGCCUCCACCCUGGUCUGAUGUGCUGCCCACAAUCCACAUCAUCACCCCCACAUAUAGUCGACCAGUGCAGAAGGCGGAGCUGACACGGCUAGCAAACACUUUCCUCCAUGUUCCCAACCUACAUUGGAUCCUGGUGGAGGACUCCCAAAGGAGAACUCCUCUUGUCACGCGACUGCUCCGUGAGACAGGGCUAAACUACACCCAUCUCAAUGUGGAGACGCCCAGGAACUAUAAGGUGCGAGGUGAUACUCGGGAUCCUAGAAUCCCCAGAGGGACCAUGCAGCGGAAUCUGGCCCUGCGGUGGCUGAGGGAGACCUUUAAUCCCAACAGUAGCCAAGCUGGAAUUGUCUACUUUGCUGAUGAUGACAACACAUACAGCCUGGAGCUGUUUGAGGAGAUGAGAUCGACUCGGAAAGUUUCAGUGUGGCCUGUGGCCUUUGUGGGCGGCCUGCGGUAUGAGUCGCCUAAGGUAAAUGCAGCUGGAAAGGUCUACGGCUGGAAGACAGUGUUCGACCCCCAUCGGCCCUUUGCCAUUGACAUGGCUGGCUUUGCCAUCAACCUAAGGCUCAUCCUCUUCAAGCCACAGGCAUAUUUUAAGCUUCGUGGGGUGAAGGGAGGCUACCAGGAGAGUAGUUUGCUCCGAGAGCUUGUAACACUCAACGACUUAGAGCCAAAAGCCGCCAACUGCACUAAGAUCCUCGUUUGGCACACGAGAACAGAGAAACCUGUCCUUGUAAAUGAAGGGAAAAAAGGAUUCACAGACCCUAAUGUGGAGAUUUGACUAUUUUUCCCUAAAUCCACGGUGGUUGGCCUUGGACCCAUGAAGGGAGAAAGCAGUCAAGUUUCUUGAUAAGUGCAAACAGUGUUCAUGUCUUAAUCAUUAGGAAUGCAGAAAAAAAGAAGCAGGGGAUCAUUUAAGAGGAAAAGACUCUUCUUAACUGAGUCUGACAUUCUUUAAAUAUGGACCAAAAUCAGGACAAAUGUUUAUCGUAUCAAAGCACAGAUGAGUAAGAAGCAGCAUUCACUCUUCGGGUCUAUCGUUGAAGUGCACAGGAAACUACAACAUAAAGGAUCCCUCAGGGGGGUUUAGUGUGGACCGCUGUGAGCUGCACCUCCGCCGGACAAUAAAUGGCCCAUUGAGGACAACCUAAGAAAAGAGACAGCACAAUAUGAAGAACAUACAGCCAGCAGAUUCGAGCAAACAAGCAGGUUAAAAAUAUCCUUCACCUCAAAUUUAGAAAAAAAAAAAAAAAAAGCUAAGGAAA